CACCCCAGUAUUUCAGCUAUGUUUGUGAAAAAUGUUGUAAAAAGCCUUCGAAACAGAUUCCAGCAGUGGAACAUCAUGUCUGAUCUUGAUGAGGCCAUCGAGCGCCAUCGUGCUGCAUUAUUUCGCCGUCCCCCCGGUCAUUCAGAUCGAUCGUCAUCUCUGAACAAGCUUGCAAUCGGCCUUCGAGAGAGAUUCCAGCAGUGGGGCAUGAUGUCUGACCUCGAUGAGGCCAUUGAGCUCCAUCGCACUGCAUUGCUCCUCUAUCCCCCCGGUCAUUCAGAUCGAUCCUCAUCUCUGAACAAUCUUGCAGCCAGCCUUCGAAACAGAUUCCAGCAGCGGGGCAUGAUGUCUGACCUUGAUGAGGCCAUCGAGCUCCAUCGGGCUGCAUUACUCCUCCAUCCCCCCGGUCAUUCAGAUCGAUCCAUGUCUCUGAACAAUUUUGCAAUCAGCCUUCAAGACAGGUUCCAGCAGCGCGGCAUGAUGUCUGACCUUGAUGAGGCCAUCGAGCUCCAUCGCGCUGCAUUACUCCUCCGUCCCUCUGGUCAUUCACUUCAAUCCAACUCUUUGAACAAUCUUGCACUCAGCCUUAAAGACAGAUUCCAGAAACAGGGUGUCCAGUCUGACCUUGAAGAAGCAUUCAGCGUGUACUUUCAACUCUCCUGCCUAUCACAUGCAGUAUCUCGCACACAUCUUAAUGCUGCCAAGUCAUGGGCGGCCUCCACUGACAUCUUCAAUCACCCAUCUGCAUUGCUUGCUUAUAAGAUUGCACUGAAAUCCUUAGAUCAGCAAGUUGCUCUCCUGUCGUCUUCUUCGCAUCACUUCAAUGUCAUCAGAGGGGCUGUCUCUUCUCUCGCUACGGAUGCUUUUGCAUGCAGUGUUUGUCAUGGUGCAUUGACCACUGCGGUGGAGUUGGUGGAGCAAGAUCGUGCAGUGUUCUGGACCCAGUUGGCACGCUUCAACACAUCACUCAAUGAACUUUCUGUUUCAGGCAUGGUCUUGGCAGAAGAGUUCAAACGGUUGAGUGUUCUCCUUCGUAACACAUUUGAUCAGUCUGAAGACCAGUCUCCGCAAAUCCGACAGCUGACAAUGCAAUGGGAUGAAGUUGUCUCGCGCAUUUGCCUGCUCCCCGACAUCUCACGUUUUCUCCUACCUCCACUGUUUUCUGGCCUCCAGAAGGCGGCUGGAGAUGGCCCAGUGAUAAUCAUCAAUGCUGGUCAGCGCAGCUGCGACACCUUGAUCAUCCAUAGCGCGGGAGAUCCUGUCCAUGUUCCGCUUGACAUUACACAAGCCGAAUUUGGAUCUUCUGAUUAUCAACUUACGCUUGUCGGCAUCCUUCGCAAGCUUUGGAAUGAUGUCAUUGACCCCAUAGUCCAAGCUCUCAAGGAGUCUCAAGUUCGCCCUGGUUCGCGUAUCUGGUGGUGUUCCACUGCUGAGUUCACACUGCUUCCCCUCCAUGCAGCAGGACCAUAUGAGAAGGGGAGAGACAAUUUUUCCGACAUUUACAUCUCCUCUUCCACCCCCACUUUGGCGACUCUUGUUCGUGCAAGACAGCAGGUUUGUCGAGAUACGUCCUCGCAACAUUUCGUUGCCAUCGGCCAAGGCAACCCGGUUGAAGGGAAGGAGCUCAAAUGUGUCACUCCUGAGCUAGCCGUCAUCGCUCGCCACGUUACUCCCGUCAUCUCCUUCACAUCCCUCAGGAUGGCAACGCAACAGUCGAGGGUGCACUUGAUGCACUUGACCGUAAUCAAUGGCUCCAUCUUGCCUGCCAUGGAAUGCCGAAUUGGACGCAGCCGUUUGAGUCUUCCUUCACCAUGCGUGACGGGCCCUUAA